AUGUCUGAUGGAGCUCCGAAACGCAAGACGAGUUCAGGCUUUCACUUCGUCGCCGGUCUUGGAUCCGGUGUAGCCAGCGCUUUUCUCCUCCAACCCGCCGACCUCCUCAAGACACGCGUGCAGCAGACAAACGCUUCAUCUCUACGGCACGCCCUUCGCGAUGUCCUCAAUGGCCCCAAUCCGAUCCGCCAGCUGUGGCGAGGCACGACGCCUUCGGUCAUCAGGACGGGACUGGGCUCGGCGCUGUACUUUGGCAUGCUCAAUCAGAUGAGGCAGUAUGUCGCCCGGAUGCCUGGCCUCGUGACGCCCGCGCAGAGUGAGCUGGUGGUGAAGGGGUCUUCUGCGCUGCCGAAGUUGGGGAAUGUGGCGAAUUUGACGACGGGGGCUUUUGCGCGGGUUGCGGCUGGGUUUGUUCUCAACCCGAUGACGGUGCUGAAGGUCAGAUAUGAGUCGUCGCACUACUCGUACUCGUCUCUUGCGGGUGCCGCGAGGGAUAUUGUGGCGAGAGAGGGUAUGCGAGGGUUCUUUGCGGGUUUUGGAGCUACUGCCGUGAGAGAUGCGCCGUAUGCUGGGCUGUACGUGUUGAUCUACGAGCAGGCGAAGACGCAGUUUGGUGCGUUGUCGUCGGCGGUGUCAGAAACUGCUGGAGAUGCUGCUUUGCGUUCAGUAUCCAGCUCGGCCUCGAUCAACUUUGUAUCAGGCGUGGUGGCGGCGACGGCUGCGACUACCUUGACGAAUCCAUUCGAUGCGAUCAAGACACGACUGCAGAUUGCACCUGGACGCUAUCGGAAUAUGAUACAGGCGGCGAAGAUGAUGCUGAGGGACGAAGGCGUACGGAGCAUGUUCAGCGGUCUCAGUCUGCGCAUUGGUCGCAAGGCUAUCAGCAGCGCCUUGACCUGGACGGUGUACGAGGAGUUGAUUCGAAGAGCCGAACGGCGGCUUCUGUGA